UGAAUUUCUGUAGUUAUGCCUACCUUCUUUGGAAUAAAUCAGGCUAUCGAAGUUUCCAGACGACAGGCUAAAUUGAGGGAAUCCAAUGGUAAUCCUGAAAGUGCAUCAAGGCUGGAAGCUGCUGAAGCAAAACUUAAGGACCUAAAGUCAAACAUGACUACUUUGGGAAAAGAAGCUUCUGCUGCCAUGACUGCUGUUGAAGCUCAACAACAGAGGUUAACACUCCAACGGCUCGUAGCCAUGGUUGAGGCACAGCGUCAUUAUCAUCAGCGAGUUCUGCAAAUCCUUGAUCAGCUUGAGGUAGAGAUGAUGCCAGAGCGUCAAAGAAUUGAAGCAUCUCCUAGUUAUAAUCCGAUGCCUCCUCCCCCAGCUUAUACUGAAGUUAAUGGUGGACUUGCUUCUCAGUCAUAUGAUGGAUCCAUAGAUGGGAAAACUUAUUUCUUGGCUGAGGUCGUACACCCAUAUGAAGCUGAGUCAGACAUAGAGCUCACAUUAUCAGUUGGUGACUAUGUAGUUGUUCGAAAAGUGUCAAACAAUGGUUGGGCUGAAGGUGAGUGCAAGGGGAAUGCAGGUUGGUUCCCAUUUGGGUAUGUAGAAAGACGAGAACGCAUUCUUGCGACCAAGGUAGCUGAAGUUUUCUAAAUGCUGCCAUGUUGCAAGUUUGGCAUUUAUAACUGUAUGUAUGCACUUGAAUUGAAUCUCUUGUGCAUCUGACUGUGUCACUAGCGCCUUUAUGUUUGCAUUUGUAAUGGUGUAAUCAUAUUCUUGCAGUAAAAAGGCUUUCUUGUCUUCUUCA